CUGAUUAAAUUACAAGGACAUAGCGUCUAUUAAAGUUAUGAUGUGUAAAACAUGAAAGCAAUCAGUUUUAUAAAGCUCACUGGCUGCAUUUUUAUCUUUACGGAGCAUUUUUCGGCGCCGCGAAUUAAGUUCCAAAUAAUACGCGCGACGGUCUUGGAUUAAAAUUGUCUGUAGCAUUGAAAACAAAGCUCGGUUCCUACAACGAGAUCAAAGAAACUGCGUUUAUGUCCUUUUGAUAUCAAAGAAAAUCUCAAACGGUCAGCAGGCGAUUGCCAUUGUGAUAUCAUAAUGUGCAAACAGCUGUGACCAUUGAGAUAUUAUUUGUUCACGACUGCAGAAGCCCGGAAUUUUUACUGAAUAACCUGCGCGGUUAGAUAAAAGAUUUUUACUGAAGAAGUUGUAAAAACGUUAUUUGCUUGUUCACGUUGUGUUAUGAUCCCCCUUUUUCAAUUGUUUAAACUCCUGGUUAAGGGUUGGGCUUACGUGCAAAAAACGCACCCUUUUUACGAGCGUUAUAUAUAACGGUAAAGUUAUGAGCGAUCCUGCCUAUAUGCUCCGUAUGUUAGGUUUGGAUAUACGUGUACGUGACUUAUAACUAAAUCUGAAUACCGAAGCAAUCGAUGAAAACGAGAUGGAAUUGGCAAAUCGAAGGGACGAAGAAGUAUCUAUACAAUCGCGUAACGGAAAAGGCUCGCAAGAUGUCGCCCAAGUGAGGGUAAAAGACCCUCCGCCAACCCCGCCUCAAUGGCAGCUGUACAUGCAUAUCGCUUUUUUCGCCAUGUGUGGCUGCCUAUGUAGAAUCGGCACAGACAAAAUAUUUGGAACUCUUGCCGUUAUUGAAAAUUCCGGUGAAGUUGUUAAUCUUUCUUUUAUAUCAAACAUGGUGGGGAGUUUUGUGCUUGGAGCACUCAACGCAUCGCCAAUGGGUAGCACUCGGCUAGGAGCAAUGUACAAAGGUCUCACUACAGGGUUUUGCGGUUCAUAUACCACAUGGUCGAAAUGGAACCAGCAAUUAAGCUUGGCUCUAGUCGGUGAAACGAAUACCGUGUCUCAGUCGCAGGUUCUGUCCAUCGUAUCUUGGUUCAUCGGCUUCCAUAGCUUUAUUGGUUCCUACUGCGUUGGUCUGGAUUUUGGAAAAGAUGUCGGCGGUCGAAUCGGCAAAAAAGUAUCGCCGAAUGGACCAAAAAUCUCCAACAUUGCGGUAGCCGUGUUAUUGUUCUCUGCGGCGGCUGGAUUCAUUGUAGGCGUGAUUGUAGACCCUACUCAAACUGGGAAGUCCAUUUGGAUGGCUGUUUUGUUUGCACCAUUUGGCGCAUGCAUUCGGGCGUACUUGGCCAAGUACAAGUAUGAGCGGUUUAUGCUACCGUUGGGUACAUUGCUUGCAAACCUCUUGGGCGCCCUCGUGUUGGCGGCUAUACACGUAAUAAACGUCCGCGCGGUGACGUGCGGGAGCGGUACAAUAUGCUGGGGGUCAGUGGUGACUUAUGGUAUUGGAACUGGUUUUUGUGCGUGUCUUACUACAGUUUCUACGUUUAUGAGCGAAAUCUACAAACUUAGGCCAGCGAACCCGAAGUUUGCUUACGGCUACGCUAUUCUCACCGUCGUUAUAUGCCAAGUGCUAUGUGGUAUUAUAAAUGGCAUUAACUACAACUACGACACUUAUUAAAAACCUAUUCCUCCAGAACAAAUGAAGUCGAUUACGUCAUGGUGGUGUAUUAUGACGUACCGCUUCUGCUAUUGUUGUAAAAUCGCAUGCUUUAAUAAACUAACAUAUAUUUUGUAUAACCGUUUGUUUUUUUUGUACGAUAUAAGAGCACCUUUUUCCUUCAAGUUUGAUUUUUCUUUUACACACUAAUAUUGUAAUUUACUAAGCCAAUGUUGAAUCGCACUAACUUAGGAAUAACUGCGUAAUUUAAAUGCUCGUUUUUUUAAUUGCUAAUGAAGUUGAAAUGUAACUAUAA